GCCGUCUCGUCCAAAUAUUUGAACGGACGUCCGCACAUCACUGGAGGAGACUGCACAUGGUCCCGCCCUUUCUCCAGAAAGGGAAAUCCCGACGCGCCACUUAAACGGAGCAUCACAAACCUUAAUGUGCGCCGGCCGUGUACCGCGUAUCACUAUCCCCGAUUCCUCAAUGUCCAACUGCAGCGUGGCGUCCUCCCCUCACUACCACCACCACCUAGUCAGCUCGGCCUUUCCGCCGUAGACUCUAUUACGUUAGCGGCUGUUCGAAGGUCGGCUGAAACGGGCGCAAGAUGUACAUCCUCGAUACCACGCCUACAGAGCUCGACGGGCUUCUCCACUGGUUUUCUGACGUGUUUCACAAAAUAUGCGUCUGUCUGACAGCACUCCUUGCGUCUACUGGCAUGUUCACGCAGCAGAGCUACCUGUUAGGCUUGGGCAUUGCUGAUAUUACAGGACCGGUGGUUGAAACCAACAUGAUGGGUUACGCAAGCCUCCCACAGACAGAUACGGGCUUGCACAUGCGACAACGAAGCCGCGCUUGGAUAGUCGCAGAUGCAUCCAACCCGUCUGAUCGCUUCGUUUAUAUCAACGCUGACAUUGCGAUGGGUGAUACAGGCCUUCGCAGGUCCAUCGUCGAACAGCUGUCCUCGAUGUACCCGGACUUAUACAACAAUGAGAACAUCGCACUAGGAUCGACCCACUCGCAUAGCGGCGUCGGCGGAUACCUCGAGAACCUAUUGCCCCAGAUUACGUCCAAGGGCUAUGUCAAGGAGACAGCAGACGCUAUUGUGGCGGGAACCGUGCUUGCGGUCAAGCGCGCUCAUGAAAGCCUCCAGCCUGGACAGCUUUCACUCGGAAAUACGACUGUGCUAGAAGCAAAUAUCAACCGUUCCCCGAGCGCUUACUUGACAAACCCUGCGGAGGAGCGAGCCAGGUACCGAUAUGACCAGGACAAAGAGCUCACACUUCUACGAUUUGACGACGUGAGCGGCAAUCCCCGGGGAUUUUUGAGCUUCUUCCCUGUACAUGGGACGAGCAUUUACGAGAACAAUACCCUUGUGAGCGGUGACAAUAAGGGCAUGGCUGCCUAUCUGUAUGAAGCUAUGAUGGAACCCCAUGCAAUGCCCGGAAAUAAUACUUUCGUGGCUGGUUUCGCGCAAGCGAACGUAGGCGAUACAAGUCCAAACACUGAGGGUGCUUUCUGUGAAAGCCCCGGCCAACCAUGGGACGGCCUGCCUUGUGAAUUCGACCACUCUACAUGUGGUAACAGGACGCAAGAUUGCCAUGGACGUGGACCUGGAUUCCGGAUCUCGGAUUUUGAAUCCAACAGGAUAGUUGCUCAGCGACAGGUCGAUGGGGCGAAGAAACUGAUGAGCAGAAGUCUACCUGUGAUCUCUGGUCCUGUGGUAUAUGUGCACACGUACUUGAACAUGUCCUAUCACUCGUUUCAACUCCCGAAUGGCACCACAGUUCAAACUUGUCCUCCGGCUUUGGGUUACUCCUUCGCUGGGGGGACGACUGAUGGACCCGGGGCCUUCGAUUUCGUCCAAGGAGAUAAUUCUUCCAGCCCUCGGAAUCCGUUCUGGGAGCUCGUCAAAGGUGCUGUGACCCCACGCCCACCAGUUGAACAAGCAGAGUGCCAGUAUCCAAAGCCUAUCCUCUUGAACGCCGGAUACGCAAGUAGCCCGUACACGUGGUCACCACACGUCGUUGAUAUUCAGCUCCUCCGCGUCGGCAACCUCGUCAUCCUUGUGAUGCCGGGAGAAAUGACCACCAUGGCUGGGCGUCGUCUCCGCGAGGUGGUUCGUGCCCAGCUGAUCUCUUCGGGCAUCGUGGGAGACGAUGCUUACGUUGUCGUCGCCGGUCCUGCGAAUACGUACGGGCACUACGUCACGACCAGGGAGGAAUACGCAGUACAACGCUAUGAAGGAGCAUCUACCAUCUAUGGCCAAUGGACCCUGGAUGCGUACAUCGACAAGUACACUGAUCUCGUCCGAUUCCUCAAACCUGGCUUUACCGGCACUCCCGAGUCCAACGAUGCCCCGAAGGACCUGACGAGCAAAUCGAUUACUCUUCGGACUGGGGUCAUUGUUGAUCACGCGCCGCUGGGCAAGCAUUUUGGCGACGUCUUGACAGAUGUGCUCACGAAUGCACCAUAUCAUGCCGGCGAUACUGUGUCCGCUCGUUUCGUGGGUGCAAAUCCUAGGAAUAACUUGAGGCUGGAAGAGACGUUCCUCACUGUGGACCAGCUCAUGAACGGACAGUGGAUUUCCGUGAGAUCAGACUCGCAUCCUUCGACACGGUUUGAGUGGCUUAGGACUAGCACAACCUUCGGGUACAGCACGGUUAACAUAUCCUGGACAAUCGAAGACAUAACUGCUCCCGGGACAUACCGCUUGACCUACCUCGGCGACGCUAAGUCGCUUGGAGGCUCCAUCUCACCCUUCACUGGCUACUCGUCAAGCUUCACUGUCUCAUGAUGUCUUUUUUAUGUACCCAUCUUGCAUACUCCUAUUGCACCGUACGGACCAGAAUCUUGCUCGUUCAGUAUCUAAUGCGAGUACGGCUACGCUUUUUGUUAACGCACUGUGUCGCGUCGUCAAACACGCGUAGCGCGAGACAACGUCGUCAGCCCCCGGUAAAAGUGGAACCCGUUACUUAAGUGUGCAUUCAACCAGAUACAACACGAAACCAGAGAAUCCUAUGACUUGGAAAAAAGAAUGUGAACCAGUACAAACUUGAUAAACACGACAUAAACACCGUCUAUAUUCCAGAAAUGAAUAAUACGACUAGCCUUCGCUCUUAUAGGCAAAUUGGUGCUGGGAUUUUUUCCUCAAUGACCUUCGGGGUCCUCAUACCGCAUCGUUACCCACAACCCACCGACCACAUAAAUCGUCAAAUGCGACUUAAAGAUUACCCUAUCCUGGCCAUCCGAGAUUGGCGAAACGCCCCAGCCCGGAGGAGCAACCGACUCCGGAUUCGCGUCUGGGUGGAGCUCAAUCUUCGACACGUGUUGCAGCAAGCGAAUGAGCAUGAACGACACCUCGUUGUACGCGAACUGCAACAUAGUCCUAAGUCCAGGCGCAGGAUCGGAGAUAAGAAGCACCUGCUCACUUGUUGUCCCAGGCAGAUGCGUGGACCCGCAUUGAAUGGCAGGAAGAUGAAUGGAUUCGGUGUCAGGUACUUCCCAAGACGCUCGUCUAAGAAACGAUCUGGGUCGAACUUGUCGGCUACACUCGGGUCAGAUGCGCCUGUGCACGAGU